AUGAACAGUGAGGAACCUAAUUUCACGUCCUUCUCCCCACCACCGCCUGUAAACAGUAACUCCUCUGCAACAACAGCAAAGACGUCGCCCACUACGCCCCAUCAGAGACCUUCGUCUCACACGGGCUUAAGUACUAUUGUAAAAGCUCAAAUAUCGUUCUUGUUGUCAACGCUCACCGCUGACGAUUACGCUCGAAAGGUUGAAGAAAUUGAUUCAUUGAUAGAGCAGCACGGUCACGACAUUUAUUUCCACUUAUUACGUAGGCUGCUCAUUAACAACCAAUCAAAAAUCUUCAACACCGGAAAUCGUAGUAACUCGGAAGUUAUUAUUUACAGUUCCCUCGAUUACCGUCUGUUGAUUGAUAAAGUCAAACAGUCAGCGAGCAAUCCAACGCUUUCGGCUGUUUUCUGUGACGCCUUAAAUUCCAUCUAUAAUAUCGAUUCAUUCCGUAACUUUGAUCUUAAUCGUUUCUUGGAUCAAGUUGGAUUGAAUCCUGUCGAAAAAGUAUCGCUAAGCAUCUCUUUGCUAUCAGCGACGAAAAAAGAGAUAGAAGAGAAAGCCGGAGAAAUUAUUACAAAUAACUUCGACUCACUUGUCGAGGCAUUAAAAGAUCCUUCCAUUCAGAAGAACACAUCUGAUCAACAACUUCAUCAUUUACUUGUUUUUUUCAAAUCAUAUCAGGCUGAGAGUCUUUCUAUUGCAACUCAACAACUUGACGCACCAGCUGAAGCAGCUAGAUCUAAAUUUGUCUCAAAACCUGUACCUUCUGUCUUAUUUCCUCUCUUAAAUAACAACAAAGAAAUCACGGCGAGCGAUUUUACUCAAGUGAAAAUGGAUGAUAUUACUGCUAGUCCCCCCGCGAAUCCGAACGUUUCAUUGGCAAAAGUUAUGUCGGAUAUGGGUUAUAGUUGUUGCGAAUCACCAACAGCUGUUCGUAAUCUUCUUGCUCAAUUUGAUGUGACGUCUCCCGACUCGGGUAAUAUCAUUCGAGAAAGUGAUGUUGCACAGGUCUUGGGUAUGAUGGCAGGGAUGCCUACUGAAAGCCAAAACACGGGUAAUAUGCCUUGGAAUCCAAAUGCUGAAGCUAGUGAGGCUCAGCGAAAAGAAAGUUGGGAUGUCGAAACAUUUGUUAACACUUUGAUUGAAUUGCAACCACAUUUGAGUUGGGUAAAAAUAUAUCAAGAACUUGAUUAUCCGGAACUUUUCAUAUCAGAUAUAAAAGGACUGGAUAUCUUGUUGAAAGGUUUUAAAACAGCAGUCAAGGAUCAACAACCCUUUCCAUUAAAUGUAUUUUGGGGUCGUUGGACAAAUAUUGAUGGACAAUUCAGUGUAUUACGAUGCAUUUCGAAUGCACCAAUAGAAAUAUUUAAUAUCAACGAGAUGCAUACGAGAAGAGUUCUGACUAUGGAGGACUUUGUUACUUCUGGUGCCAAUGUCAAAUCUUUGGCCCCGAUGUUAACUUCGCAGUCUUGGAAUUCUUUAGAUUUCAUAGAAACAUUAAUUAAACUUGCAGAUUCUGAAUUUUUCGAGAAAGUUCGAGAUUUAUUUGAUAAAGCUUCCAAGCAAACGCCAGAACUCGUAGUUUUAGGACUAGCGCAAGUUCACAAACCUUGGAGUCCGAUGCAUCAGGAACUUAUUAAUAAAUUAUUGUCAAUGUUUUUAAUAAGUCAUUCAAGUUCGACACUUGUUUUGACACGUCUCUGGCAAGUUAAUCCUACUCUGUUUAUUGAAGGAUGCCUUGACUUGUACAAGAAAGAUGCGAUGCAUAUUUCGAGAAUACUUGAUAUUGCACAAGAUUUAAAGAUAUUGCCACAGCUUCUACAAGUCCAACAGUUUGUAUUUACAAUAGAUCUUGCUGCUCUCGCGUCCCGGCGAGAAUAUCUUAAUCUCGAAAAAUGGCUACAAGAUAAUAUAUCCGAAUACGGAGAUCCCUUUAUCCAUGAUUGUCUAGAUUUUCUGCAUUGUAAGAUGGGAAUGGAAGCAACGCGCGAUACUAAUGGCAAUAAUUUUUCUUCUGUCCGUCUCUCGAUGGAAUUGCUAAUGAUUCAGGAAUUAUAUGAUAAUAGUAGUAGUCAAAUGUCUGUUGAAAAUACCGAGUUAUUGAAGGAAGUUCAUAACACUACUUUACAAGUAUAUCCUCACAUGAGCGUGGGUUCUACUGCCGAACCUACUAGCCUUACUGCUCCAGUACCGAGUUUCUCUCCCGAAGUAGAAGCAGAAGCUAACUCUUACUAUGAGAAAGUUUAUCGACAAGAAAUAAGCAUCGACGAGAUGAUUAAGCUUCUUUCAAAAUUCAAGAAUUCGCCCGAUCCAAGAGAAAAUAGAAUUUUCGAGUGUAUGGUGCACAAUCUUUUCGAUGAAUACCAGUUCUUUCCCAAAUAUCCACAACGUGAACUUACAAUCACAAGCAUAAUCUUUGGGUCGCUGAUUCAAUCUCAGCUCGUCGGUUAUAUGGCUCUUGUGGCUUUACGUUAUGUCUUGAGUGCAUUACGAAAUCCCGUGGAUUCCAAGAUGUUCAAUUUUGGUGUUCAAGCACUAACUCAAUUCCAAUCACGUCUUCCAGAAUGGCCUCAGUAUUGUUCACAUCUUUUGCAAAUUCCUCAUCUUCAGCAGUCGCACCCCGAAAUUAUUCAGUAUGUUCGAGCUGCGCUUCAAGCAAAUAGUAGUAAUGCCAGCACAAGUAAUGGCGAACCUCGACCUCCCCCUAUGAAUGCCACGGAUAAAGUCGAUUAUGAAGUUCCAAGUGAAGCAAUCCAAGACAAGAUAUUAUUUAUAGUGAAUAAUGUUGCUCAAAGUAAUUUGGACUCGAAAGUCGCUGAAAUGAAGGAUAUACUCAAGGAAUCCCAUUUUCGAUGGUUCGCCAAUUAUCUUGUAGUUAAAAGAGCAAGCAUUGAACCGAACUAUCAUCAACUCUAUUUACGAUUCCUGGAUGCAUUAGAUAGUCAGUUAUUAGUUCGUCAUGUGUUGCACGAAACAUUUGCCAAUAUUAAGGUAUUGUUGAACUCGGAGAAGACACCGCAAUCUGCUACCGAGCGAUCUCUAUUAAAAAAUCUUGGUUCAUGGCUUGGUGGUAUGACUUUAGCGAGAAACAAGCCAAUCAAGCAUAAGAAUAUUGCUUUUAAGGAGCUUUUAAUAGAAGGUUAUGAUAGUAAUAAACUUAUUGUGGCAAUUCCUUUUGUGUGUAAAGUACUCGAACAAGCCAGCAAGAGUAAAGUGUUCAAACCACCAAAUCCCUGGUUAAUGGCAAUCCUUAAACUAUUGGUUGAAUUAUAUCAGUUUGCGGACUUGAAAUUAAAUCUCAAAUUCGAGAUUGAGGUGUUAUGCAAGAGUUUAAGUAUAGAACUUAAAGACAUUGAGCCUACAUCUAUUCUUAAAGAUCGACCACCUAAGGAACCUCCUGUACAGCCCACUGACCGACUCAUACAAGCAUUUGAGGCUCCCCCACCUCCAAAUCUGCAAGGAACGCAAACUACCGGUGCUAAUUCAGUGCCGUUGCCUGAUGAGAAUUUAUUAAAUAUCCUUUCAAAUGUGGCUCCUUACAUAAACUACAUCCCAUUGUUUGCCAAUCAACCAGGGCUUCGAAAACUUGUUAAUUUGACUAUUGAAAGGGCUAUUCAAGAGAUCAUUGGUCCUGUUGUUGAAAGAUCUGUCACAAUUGCCUGUAUAUCCACAAAGGAAUUAAUACUUAAAGACUUUGCUAUGGAACCCAAUGAAGAGAAAAUGCGAAAUGCCGCACACAUAAUGGUUCAAAACUUGGCUGGUAGUCUCGCGCUUGUUACGUGUAAAGAGCCUCUUCGUAUGAGUAUGGUGACACAUUUGCGUAAUCUCUUGCUUCAAAAUGGAUUUACUGAGAGCAUUUCGGAACAGGCAAUUCUACUUGAAGUUGCUGAAAAUCUAGAUUUGGCUUGUUCUAUUGUUGAAAAAUCUGCUAUGGAUAAAGCGAUCCCUGAAAUUGAGGAAAACUUGUCACGAUCAUUCUCUGAUCGUAAGAAACAUCGUGAACGAUCAGCACAACCAUAUUACGAUAUGACGGUAUUUUCCAGCAUAUCGCGUUACAUGAAUAGUCUUCCAGAGCCGCUACGAUUGAAGCCUUCAGGACUGCUGCCUCAGCAACUAAGAGUAUACGAGGAUUUCUCUAGAAUCCGUAUGACAAAUCAACCAGCGCCCAAUUAUGAAGAUCGUGGUGGUGUUCGAGGUAAUGGAAUACAUCGGGGUCAAGACAUACCAUUGCAAUAUCCUCCAAAUGAAAUUUCAUUUGAUAAUUCUCAAAUAAUAACGGCCCAGCAAAAUAUUGAGCGAUUUACUCAAUACUUGGCCGAGCUUGAUAAAUUAAUCAGUAAAAAUCCUCAAGCAUCCUGGGCUUCGCUUCCUCAGAAUCACGACAUUCGAGUACUCGUGAAUCAAAUUCCUUUAAUUGCUGCUCAAUCACUUGUACAUCGCGAUGAAACAGCACUCAAUUUCUCUCAAAAAGUAGUUCAACUCUUAUAUAAGAAUGAUUCCAAUCUUUCACGCGAAGUUUACGUUAUUCUCCUGGAAAAACUUUGCGAUAUCUCUGUGAAAGUAGGCAAGGAAGUGACUGCAUGGUUGCUUUAUGCUGACGAUGAUCGCAAAUUUAUCGUGCCAGUAGUUGUCGCUUUAAUAAAAGCAGGGCUUAUCAACGUCGCUGAACAAGACGUGCAAUUAGCGAAACUUAUUGAGAGUGGUCGGCCAACAGUCAUUGAUUUCACGACAAAAUUAGUCCGAGAGUGUGUUUUAAAAGAACCUGCUAUUGCUUCAAGGGGUGAUUUCCUCAAUUCUUUGGAUGCACUUGAAAGACUAACGCGACGAGGAAAGGCACCGGAGAAUGUUAUCUUACUACUUGAAGAAUUACGCCGGGUGCGUGACGGAAUGCGUGAACAAUUGUCCAUUGUAUUUGCUGAAUGGGUUAGAAUUUAUCAACACCCUACUUCAAAUGAAAAAACUUUUGCUAAUUUCAUUAUGCAGUUACAAAAUCAAGGCAUAUUAAAAGGCGAUGAAAUCUCAUCAAUGUUUUUCAGACUCUGCACAGAAAUGAGUGUCGACAGUUAUCUAAAACAAAAAGCGGCCGUGCAGACAGCGCCUGCCGUCGCUUUUCAAGCUGUUGAUGCUUUCUCAAAGUUAAUUGUGUUGUUGGUGAAAUAUCAUUCGGACCCAGAAGGCAUAAACAAUAAUGUAGCGAAAGUAAAUUACCUUGCAAAGAUUAUAUCACUUAUUGUGCUUGUAAUCGCACAAGCACAUGAGCAACGUCAGCAGCAGUUCAAUCAAAAACCAUUCUUCCGACUAUUUACGAGUUUACUUAAUGAUUUGAAUUCAUACGAGCAACAACUUCAGCCUAUUUAUUUCCAAAUUCUUACAAAUUUAAGUAAUACCUUCCAUACUCUGCAACCUUCCUUCUUCCCCGGAUUUACAUUUGCUUGGCUCUCAUUAAUCUCUCAUCGUCUUUUCAUGCCAAAAUUACUACUGGCUGAAAACCAAAAGGGCUGGUCGACGUUUCAUCGGUUGCUAAUAUGCCUUUUCAAAUUCCUGGUUCCGUUCCUCCGAAAUGUUGAAAUGAGAGACACAACACGUUUACUAUAUAAAGGAACAUUGCGUGUUCUCUUGGUCCUUCUACACGACUUUCCUGAAUUUCUUUGUGAUUAUCAUUUCAGCUUUUGUGAUGUAAUUCCAUCAUCAUGCAUACAACUAAGAAAUCUGAUAUUGAGCGCCUUUCCGCGAAAUAUGAGACUACCCGAUCCAUUCACACCUAACCUAAAAGUUGAUUUAUUACCUGAAAUCACUCAAUCGCCGCGCGUGCUCUCUGAUUACACGUCAGCUUUACUAGCAAACAAUCUGAAACAGGAUGUAGACACGUAUCUUCAAACUUGUCAACCUCCCUCAUUUCUGAUGGACUUGAGAAACCGACUCUUGUUGGAUUCGACCGACCAAUCAGAGGGCUCAAAAUACAAUGUACCAAUUAUUAAUGCUCUUGUACUGUACGUUGGGAUUCAAGCUAUCAACCAACUACAGGACAACAAACAAUCAACGGCAUCAUUAACUCAUUCCGCAUCCAUGGAAAUAUUUCGACAGUUGCUCAAUAAUUUGGACUCUGAGGGCCGGUACCUCUUUUUAAGCGCCAUUGCCAAUCAAUUACGAUUCCCUAAUAGUCAUACACAUUACUUCAGUUGCAUCCUAUUGUACCUGUUUGCAGAAAGCAAUCAAGAACUUAUUAAAGAACAAGUGACAAGAGUACUUCUGGAAAGGCUAAUAGUGAAUCGACCUCACCCUUGGGGACUCUUGAUUACAUUUAUUGAGUUGAUUAAGAAUCCCCGUUACGAUUUCUGGAGCCAUUCCUUUACACGAUGUGCAACCGAUAUCGAACGUCUGUUUGAAAGUGUGAGCAGAUCAAUCAACCAAGUGUAG